UCAAUCUCGACCUAGGGUUCUCCUCUCGUCUUCUCUUUAGGUACGAUUUGAAGACGCAUCGCUCUCUCUCUCUCUCUGAUUGUUCUCUAGCUCAACGAACUAUCGAUUCAUCGCUCAAUUCCAUCUCUCGGAUAUUCGAAUCCUGAGCCUUAGCAUCUCCGAUUCAACCAAUCCCACACCUCUGUGCGAUGGCGGCAGCGAUGAAGCCCUUCAGAGGACGCGAAUCCGACGAUUCCGGAUUCACAUCGAACAAUCUCUGGGUCGGUAGCAUCACGAUGGAUACGACGGAGUCAGAUCUGACGGAGCUGUUCGGAAGGUUCGGCGACAUCGACAGAAUCACGGCGUAUUCGUCCCGCGGAUUCGCGUUUAUCUACUACCGACACGUGGAGGAAGCUGUGGCGGCGAAGGAGGCUCUACAGGGGACGAAUCUGAACGGGGGACUGUUGAAGAUCCAAUACGCGCGACCGGCAAAACCUUGUAAGAGUCUUUGGGUGGGAGGAAUCAGCUCGAGUGUCUCAAAGGAUGACCUGGAGGAAGAGUUCAGUAAAUUUGGAAAAAUCGAGGAUCUCAGGUUCCUCAGGGAACGCAAGACAGCCUUCAUUGAUUAUUACGACAUUGACGCUGCCUUGCAGGCAAGGAACAUGAAUGGCACGCGAAUGGGUGGGAGCUAUCUCCGCGUUGAUUUUCUCCGCUCACAAGCCCCAAGAAAAGAACAAUGGGCUGGCUCUUACGAUAACAGGAAUGGCAAUGUGAUGAAUCACAAACCUCAGUAUCCUCACUCACAUGAAGACGCCAGAGGAGACGACCAGCCAAGUAAAGUUCUGUGGAUUGGGUACCCUCCUUCUGUUCAGAUAGACGAGCAAAUGCUACACAACGCAAUGAUACUCUUCGGUGAGAUCGAGAGGAAGAAAAGUUACCCGUCAAGGCAUUUUUCGCUUGUGGAGUUUAGGAGCGUGGACGAAGCUCGCCAAGCCAAGGAAGGGCUACAAGGGAGGCUAUUCAAGGAUCCUAGAAUCACAAUUAUGUACUCGAACGAUGAGAUACCUCCUGAGCAAGAUGAUAAUAGUUUUUAUUCUGGCGUGAAACGGUCAAGGCCAGGUAUGUUCAUCACUGAUCCUUCAUUGAAGCCAUUCAGAGGUAGCAAUGACCGUUCUUAUAAUGUUUCAGAUUACAAUGACGUUGUUGGUAUGGAGCCAAACUGGAGAAGGCCGUCUCCAAAUGGGAGUGGGAUACUCCCAUCUCCAGCAGGACAUGGAAUCCUCCCGUCUCCUGGACAAGGUAUGAGGAACCCUAUGAGGUCCAACCCCGGUUCUUGGGAAGGAUAUGAUCCUGCUCUGAUGGAUAGAGAAAACAAACGGACCAGAAGGGAUGGAUCGGCGGACGGUUUUACUCCAAUGGGUGUAGAUGAGAGGUCGUUUGGGCGUGGCUCAGUUGCUGCUAGGCCGCCUGUCCGUGGCUACGGUGAUUCUGAUUACAUCUGGAGAGGAAUGAUUGCAAAGGGUGGGACUCCCGUCUGCUGUGCUCGUUGUGUACCUAUUGGAAAGGGCAUCGAGACUAAACUCCCUGAGGUGGUGAAUUGUUCAGCAAGAACUGGUUUGGAUAUGCUCGCCAAGCACUACACUGAAGCUAUUGGAUUUGAGAUUGUUUACUUCUUACCAGACAGUGAAGAAGAUUUCGCGUCUUACACUGAGUUUCUCCGCUACCUUGGCUCGAAAGAUCGAGCGGGUGUUGCUAAAUUAGACGAUGGAACUACUUUGUUCUUGGUGCCUCCAUCUGAUUUCUUAACUGACGUACUCAAAGUGACCGGUCCUGAGCGUCUAUACGGCGUUGUCCUCAAGCUGCCCCCACCAGCCGCUCCCGUUGCAGCAUCGUACAGACAAGAGUCUCAGUCUAAUCCUCUGUCUUAUAUGGAUCAAGCCCGGGAUUCGCCUGCCAAUACCGGUCACAGCUUUUAUCCUCCGAGGGGUGGUGCUGCACCAGAACAGUCAAGACCAUCGGUUAGCGAGCCUCUCAGGUUACCUAACAAUGCAGGGGUUAGUUUAACCCCGGAGCUUUUAGCUACUCUGGCGUCUUUUCUCCCUGCAACUUCUUCUCAACCUACUGCCUCCGAGAGUCACCAAACUAUGUCAGUUGCUUCCACUGUGCCUCAGUACAAUGGAGAAGCACCGUCUUCUCAAGCUUGGAAUAGAGAUCCGCAAAAUUAUGGAAAUCAGUACAAUCCAGCUGGACAACUACCUCCUCCUCCUCCUCCGCGUUACGCUCCUCCGGCUUCAAACAACUCCAAUCCCAACUACUCCAGUGGAAUGGUCCAUGGAAACAUGCAGUAUCAAGGCCAAUCUGUUAACAUGCCUCAGAUGACUCAUAAUAAUUACGCCAUGUACAAUCAAGGUUCGUCAAAUCAUCAUGUUUCGCAGCCCAUGACGACACAGCAGUACCAACCAGAAGCUUCAGUGCCAAGCCAAAACUAUGGUCCGGUUCCAAGUUAUCAGCAAGGUAACUAUCAUGGUGUAGCAACGAAUCAGGCGCAUAACUUAAAUCCUUCCCAUUAUCAAGCUGCUAUGCAACCACCACCAGCUGACAUGUCGAACUCAGAGCCGCAAAGCCAAGCACCACAGGCUGGUCAAGGUGCAACAGAUGGGGAGAAGGACGAAAGGUACCAGAAAACACUACAGUUCGCGGCAAGCCUUCUCCAACAGAUUAAGCAGAAUCAGCAGCAACCGCCUUCAGGUUCUCCGGCUGGACAGCGGCCUUGAAACUACCUCCACUCGCUAUCAUAAUAUGCAAGGUGUUUGAUUUGAGCCAAAAGCCCCCGUUGAGCAUGCUACAACAUACCCGACCAAGAGAGAGUUUUUUUGUAAGAUGCUCAAGUGUCCAAGCCAGAUUAGGUCCUGCUACCGCAACCAAACGCCCCUAGCUCGCCUUUGUUUUUUUUCUUCAUUCGUUUGUGAUAUUUGGAAGAAAAGGCUGUGUAAAAUUAAUGUGAUUUUGGAUCUUUUAUAUACUUUUUUUCCGAAUUAGUUUUCUUUUGUUUCAAUAAAACAAAUCUUCCGCAUGA